AGUUUGCCAAAAGCAAUGUCGACUUCAACGACAACGUUCUGUGUUCUUCGAUUAAUAUUUUUGCUGCUAUUGGCAAGUGCAAGUAGUCAUGCAUCAAAUGCCAAUGCCAAUGCCGAUGCCAACGCUAACACAGAGCUAUUGACUCAGAUACUUAGUUAUGUGAAUGUGAGUGCUUCGCCGUGCCAUGAUUACUAUAGCUAUGCCUGCGGCAAUUGGGCCCAAAGGCACGAGAAUGACAGCUUUAUGGAAAUAACUGGGCUGAUUGAUCAGAAGGUGAACGAGAAGCUGUUAAUGCUGCUAACUGAGCUGCAGAAGCAGCAAUCAUCGCUGCAGCCGGACAGUGUGCAGGCGAAGGUCUUGAGCUUCUUUAAGACCUGUCAGUUGGCAUCGGGCUCGACUCGCCUUGGUAAACAUUAUUUGGCUCUGGUGCCGCCAAACGAGAAAAUACCCUGGCCGCAGUUCAAGAACAGAUCACAGGCCUGGGACCGCAGCAAGUUCCAUUGGAUGGAAACACUGGCCCGUCUGCAACGCUAUGGCCUACAAAAUGCGCUCUUUGACUCCAAUGUAUUGCCAGACUUGACGAAUAGUAGCAAUUACCUUAUACACCUGAAAACGCCAAGUUUUGAGGAGGAAAACGAGCGACUCGGAAGCCGAAUACGAACCAAGGCAAUGCUACGCAUGCUGGGUACCAGCCCUCAGCAGGCCACGCGUCUGGCCCAUGAGAUUAAGGUCCUGGAGCAAAAGGUAGCUGCACUCGCUGCCAGACAGCCCGAUGAAAAUGACGAAGCCGAUGAAUAUCUCACUGUACAGGAGCUUGAAGCACAAAUCGGGGGACAAUGGCGCAAGUAUUUUGAGAUACUACUGGGCCGUAGCGUGCCCGCUGAGUUUGUGGUGUAUGUCGAUUGUGUGCCUUAUCUGAAAGCGCUUCAGGAACUCAUCAAGGACACGGAUCGUGAGGUCAUCGCCAGCUAUAUCAUGUUGCGCUUCGUAUCGUAUUUGCAGGAGGAGAGCAUGGAGAGCAACGAGCCCAUCGCCUGCGUGCAGGAUGUGCGUCGCAACAUGGAGCUGGCCACAAAUCUUCUAUAUGAGCAGCGAUUCAUUUUGCCGGACCGUCUGCGCAGGCAUCAGAGCAACCUAGCGGAACUGUUUGAGGUGCUGCGUAAGCAGUUCCUGAAGAUUCUUCAGACGAACAAUCUGCAUCUGGCUCCUCAAGCACUGGAUCUGGUGAGAACCAAGCUGCUCAACGUCACCAUCAACAUUGGAAACAUGCCUCAGGCUGUGGAUCGAUCGAGCUUCGUCAAUGCGUUCUAUGCCGAUUUGCAUCUGGCUGGGAAUCGAGAUUACGCAGCGGAUCACCUGCGUCUGCUGGAGUUUCGCACACGUCGCUGGUUCGAGCAACUGGACAGAGCAUUCAACAUAAGCACUUACUUUUAUAUCAGCGAUUCAGAUACGGGCAUGAGCUCGACGCCCUACUAUAUGCUGCGCCAGAAUGUCAUUAUUGUGCCCUAUGGCAUACUGCAGCGGCCCGCUUUCUACCAGGACUCGCAUGAUGUAUUCAAGGUCAGCCUAUUGGGCUUCAUGCUGAGCCAUGAGCUGAUGCAUGGCUUUGUCUCGGGUGGUCUAGUGUAUGAUUUCCGAGGCAAUUACAAUGAGCUGGGCGCAGGAAUUCCUCUGGAAGACAACUAUUCGUCGGCGAUUAGCUGCCUAAAUCGUAAUGAAACUGAAUAUAUGGAUGAGCGCGAGGCUGAUAUUGCGGGCAUACGUCUGGCCUAUGACGCCUACUUUGACAGCGACUCCAAAUUCGAUCAGUCGCAGCCCUCGUUCUCGACACUCUCCCUAAAGCAGCUGUUCUUCCUAAACGUGGCGCAGUUCUUCUGUGGCGAUGCAUCGCCGGAUGCUUUCGAGGGGCACGAUGCGGAUGAAAUGCGCCUGAGGCAGGUCCUAAUUAACUUUGCGCCCUUUGCCGAAGCGUACGGCUGCCGCCAGGAUAACGAUAAUAUGCAUCCGGCCAACAAAUGUCGAAUAUGGUAAAAUUGCAGAAGAAU